UUGUUGACAGUAUAUACUAUAAUGUUAGACAGUAGCUAUAAUAAGGAGUAUAAAGCCUGAUUAUAGUACAUAAUAUUUAGAAAACCUACACAGAGAAAUGAUACUGUAGCACUACUGCAGCCAUUUUGAUGAAAAAUAAUUGGUGUUACUUAUUAAAUGUUAACUUAUAAAGUGGCCAUUAAGGGAAUAUAAACUUUUAAAUACAGAAUAUUUACUAGUAAACGAUUCUAAGAAUAUAUAAAACGUUUUUUUAAUUUUAUUAUAUAUAAUUACAUCCCAAUGUGAUCCCAAUGUAAAGUACAUUGCUUAAGCUUUAUUUGAAUUGAAAUGAUUAUUACCCAUUGUACCUAUUAGGCAAUAAAGCGAGAAAUAAAUACAUGGAAACUUAAGCUUAAUGUUGUUUGUUUCUUAGUUUCGAGUGCUGUUUGUACAAACAUUUCGAGGAUAUAGUCAUACGUUUCUUUAAUAAUGGAACGUGGUCACAAGCAUCAUGGCGCCACACGCUAGAAAUAAAGUGCUUGAGUGGUUUGAGGCCUCACAAACAUUUUGCCUCAACAGACUUUAUGAGUGCAUUUAUGGGCAUCGCCAUUCAAGUUUAGCCAAUCGAUAAAAGUGCACGAAAACAUUUGAACCAAUACCUCUCAAAAUGCAGCACCCUUGAGCAUUAGCACUAAGUAAACAGCUUUAAAACAACUGUUGUACAUGAGAACCUUGUAUAUGUGGUUUCCUGCUGGACGAGUAGAAACCUAAACCACAGUGUAAAGAGAGAAAUGCAGUCUACCACGUUUUGUACCUGAAGUGAAAAACAAGUCUGGUGUGAUGAAUAACAAGGUUUAUGCUUCUGCCAGUUCUUAGUUUAAUUUAUCCACUUUUUCAUUUCAAAGUCUGCAUUUCAAUUCUGUCCAGGGCCUUUUUAUGGUGAAUAAUUUACUGCGUCAUAUUUUCAUUCUGUUUCAUUACGUUUUAGUGUUUUUCUAGUCUCUAACCUGAAACACAAGUUAAAAUGCCUGUAAAUCUUUGACAUUCAGAAAUUAAAAAGGCUCUCGGAACAGUAGAAAAUAGAAAAAAAACGACACAUCCAGCUGCCUUUGCUUUAAUCUAAAAGCUAAAUGUAAAAGUUAUUUCAAAUCUUUUAAAUUGUAGUCUUUUCGUCUCGAACAUUUGAACACGUUCCCUUUAAAACGUUUUGAAAAGCUAGGUUAUCAUUUGAGACCAUUUCAAUAGUCUUACUGCAUGUCUAUACAUUGAAAACACAAUUAGUCCUUAUUAUUUCAGUAAUUCCUUCUUUCCAAAUUGUGAAUAUAAUUGAUAUUGAAUAUGUUUUGAAUGCUUAAGUCUUAUAAUCAAAUAUUAAAGCUGUACUUGGCUUCAAUUCUUUUGUUUUUUGCAGCCAAGCCUUGAGCUCACAUUAUUGUCAAUUGAGUCAGAUGGCACGAGCCCUUCAGUCUUCAGGAUGUGUGACGGAGGUCUGUCCACUGAUGAACAUUAUCAAGCAGCAGACGCAUCCUAACAGGCAUUCUGAAUCAUUUCCUCUACGAUAUACACUUGGUUGUAAUGCUUAUUAAAUUCCAGAGCCAGGUCUAGAGCAGAAAAGCUUGGAUCCUAAGUGACCUGCACACGCUGGCUCUUACAGAGGGCACACACAGAAAAAUAUACCGAGGGCUGGGCCACUCGCUAGAGUCUUCUGACAGUAAUCAAGAUGAAGGGGAUCCAGUACCUGGCUUUCCUCGGGACUCUUUUCAUCACACAGACUGGAUUUGUGUGCAGUGACAUGGAGUUCCUGGAGAGGAAUGAGGGGGGUUCUGUGGUGUUUCCCUGUGAGGUGGAGCAAAGGAACCCUUCCCCUUACGGCGUCUACCUAAAGCGCAGCUGGCUGAAUCAAAUUGAAGUUCUGUUCCAGUUCACCAAGACUGACUUCACUGUGGAAGAAAUGUAUGACAAGAAGCGCAUCAGUGUCAGUGGAGACCCGAGCACACACUCUCUGAAUGUGACCAUCUCUCAGCUGAGUGCCAGCGACACGGACCGCUACUACUGUGAGUUUGUGGUGGACAACCCUUCCUCUGAAGACAUAAUAAUACGUGGGAAGACUGAAUUCUUCCUCCUUGUUAAAGCUGGAGGUCAGUGUGGCUGCUCCCGGUACUCCAUUCUGCUGUAUGCUUUGUCCUCAGCUGUGGUGGUUCUCCUCUUCCUGCUUCUCCUGGGAUUUGUGGUGAUUUCUAAAAGCAAAGCACGCCGCAGUGUCAGAUCACACCCUCAGGCCCCCAUCUACGAGGAGAUGACCGGCAGUCGGAAACAGGCACCCCGAAAUCUGGAGGAAAUGGAGCCUUCUGAGUACACAAACUGCUCUGUGAAGAAAUCCUGUCCUCAAAACCAUUACGAAAGCCCGAGAGGGACCCUCUGCCCCAGGACUGAGUCUGAAUAAUGAAAUAUUAGAUCCUGUUACCGACAUGGUUUACUAAAACAUCUCACACUCUGCUACCUGAAACUCACUCCAUUCAGUGCUCUUAAGUUUCUCUAACAUCAUUUACCUGAAAGAUUAUCCACAUGCUCUUUAUAUUAGUUGCAUCUGUUGACUGUUGGUAGUUUAAAGUCUUCUUGUGUUUUGAAGUUUUCUGAAGAACCUUUUUAAAUGUCUGUUUUUGGCCUUUUCAGCAAAUUAAAGUUGGCUUGUAGAAUUGUUA